CCUUUUCUGUGCUGUUGAGGACGCGCAGGAGAAGCGGGCAUGCCUCGCCGCCCUCUAGCGGCUGCCUCGCGGAAAGGCCAAGGCGACAUCCACUCAGGAUGGGAGGCUGAGGAAUAACUGCAUCUGUUCAAAAAGCAAAUACAUCCAGGGCGCCGACUGGCAGCUGAAGAAGCAUGAACAUCAAGUAUGUGCUUCUGGGGAUGCUGUACUUUGUCCAGGGGAUCCCCUAUGGCCUCCAGUCGGGGCUGCUGCCCAUCUACUUCCGCUCGGUGGGCCUCUCCUUCACCCGGAUCAGCCUGGCCAAGGUGCUCUAUGCCCCUUGGAUCCUCAAGGUGUUGUGGGCCCCGCUGGUGGACCACUACAUGGCCAAGAAGACCUGGCUGCUGCUCACCAUGUGCGGCCUGGUCCUGUCCUGCCUGGCCUGCUCCCUCCUGGAGCCCGACACCAACUUCCUCCCCGUGGCCUUGGCCUUCCUCUUCAUGAACUUCUGCGCCUCCAUCCAGGACAUCGCGGUGGACGGGGUGGCCAUCCGGUUCCUGGGCUACGAGGAGAUCGGCUACGGCAACACCGUCCAGGUGGUGGCCUACAAGCUGGGCUCCGUGAUGGCCGGUGGCGGCCUGGUGGCCUUCCUCUACCAUUUAGGCUGGGCCGCCAUCUUCCUCUACCUGGCGGCCAUCUACACCUUGGCCAUCCUGCUCACCUGGGUUUCCGACCUGCGGACGAGGAGGGCGCGCCCCUCGCAAGACAGCCGCAUCCUGGUUGGCAGCAUGAACCACUGGAGCAUCCUCAAAGAGGUCUUCCAUGUGCCCGACACACGCUGGACCGCAGGGUUCGUCUUCAUCUACAAGCUGGGUGAGCAAGGCUCCAUUUCCAUGUUCCCGCUCUUCCUCCUGGACCGGGACUUUUCUCCGCAGAAGCUUGGCUUCUGGAACGGCAUCGUGGCCAUGAUUUUCUCCAUUGCGGGCUCCUACUUGGGUGGCCACUUGAUCUCCAGGCGGAGGCGCCUCUUGCCCGUCCUGGAGUCCCUCCUGAUCAUCCGCUUCUGCAGCCUGACCCUCCAGAUCCUCCUGAUGGCCCUCUAUCGAGACAAGGAGCCUUUCUUUGAAGUGGCGGCUGUCAUGAGCAUCUGCAUCCAGCACCUCAUCGCCGGCCUGAUCACCACUCUGACCUUCAGCCUGAUGAUGCACUGCUCACAAAAGGCCAAGGAAAGCAUCCAGGCCACUCACUACAGCUUCCUGGCCACCUUGGAAGUCCUGGGCAAGCUGGUCUUUGGCGCUGUGACGGGGACCCUGGUCGACCGGCUGGGCUUCUUGCAGGCAUUUAGCGUCUUCUUGGUCCUCUCCUUCACCUCCAUCCUGUACACGCUGCCCUUCUGAAGAUGACCGCCGGCCACCAGAGAAUGGCCAUCUUGGAGGGGUAAAGGAUGGGGUGGGGCAAUCUUCUUGGGGCCUGGAGGAGAGGUAAGGGGUGAUCCGACAGCGCUUUCGGAUGUUGCUUCCCUGCAUUGAAUUCACUCCAUCACAAACCUUCCCCUGCAAGAAUAGAGAAUACUGAGGGGGUGAGAAAUCUAUCUAUUUCUUAGAGAAGGAAGGAAGGACCCUUGGGGUGCUUGUUAUACUUCUCCCCCAGCCCCAGAGUUGACAGAUAAAAGAGGUCCUUUGUGAGCUGCC